AUGGAUACAGAGAUGGCACGUCAAAGCCUCGAUGGGCUUUCUGAGGAUACGGAUAUAAAUAUAAAUGAUGACAUAGCACUCGAAUCGGAAUUUUCUGGCGAUUCACGACAGAAACAGUCCGAAUCGAUCUUCUCAAGCCUACGAACAAGCAUAGACGGGAACCCUGGCUAUAUCAAUUAUUUCAACAUUCUUAAGCAAGGCACAGGCCAAGAAGAUGAGCCUUCAUUUAAUUCGUCGUCCAUACUAGGGCCCAACUCCAUCUUCGACUUAACCCAAGCCCUAGACGCUGCCAGAGUAAAGCUGAACAAGGCGUUGCGAUCUCAAGUAACUGUCAAUGGAGGAACGCAAACUGUGUACAAUCUUAUUAAACCAUCAACAAAGGAUAUACCUCCCAUUAAACUUCAGCCGCUCAAAGAAAAAGUCGCCUUUGAUGUUUUUACGAGACAACUCAUCGAUGGCGUGAGCGAAGAGUACGGAUCGUUCGAACUGAGUUAUAAUCCACUCACAGCUGAUAUUCUAUCGACUUUUUCCGAGCUGUACAAAAACAUCGAUAAAUCGAUUUCGCAAGCGGGAACUACAGAUGACAAUGAAAGCCUUGAAAUUCCCGAGAUCUUUGAAGAUCCACACUUUCGUCUUGACGACCCUAGGAUUUUUCGUAGAGUGAUGCAGCAAUCCAAGAUCUUGCAGGACUCCGAAUUUCCGGAUACGACUCAACUAGUGCAUAACACAGAGGUACAGGAGAACUUGUUGAAGUAUUUGGACUAUGUGGAAAUGCAAUUGAUUUCAGAGAUAUCAAAAACAUCUGAUUCGUUCUUUACUACCCUUGGCGAUAUAAAGUCCAUCAAAACUCAAUCCAAAGCGUGUGUUCAAAAGCUUGAAACUAUCAAACUUAAACUCAAUCUUCUCGAAAACUCUCAAUCGAAAGCUGGUCUUGAAGUCUUGAACACAUUGGAUGAAUCUAGAAGUGUUAACCAUCUUGAAACAUCUCUUCUCCAACUAAAGGCAGUCUUGAAAGAAAUUGAUAAAGCAAAAAAAUGUUUCACAGAAAAAAAUAACAUUGAGUGUCUUGAAACAAUCACUCGAACCGAGAACUUGAUCGAUGGGAUAGAGUACGAAAACCAUUUUGAAGGUGAAACAAUGUCCCCCCAUACAAGCUAUAAGUAUCCCUUGAUAAAAUUGAGAGGCCUUCCUGCUUUAAGAAGUAGCAUAUUGACUUUGCGUGAAUUAAAGCAUGCUUGUAGCAGGGGCUACAUUGAUGAAUUUUUAAGCUUGCUUGUCGAAGACUUGCGCACUCAUUACAAGUCUGUUUCCCCAAAAGAAACCAUCAACAGAAUGUAUGCCACAAGCUACAGAGCAAGAGAAUACAAUCAACCGUCUACAAACAUGUCCUUCAUGAAAAUAGAAGCUGAAACGAAGAAAGCGCUUCACCUAUUUAUACAAAACUUGAUCAAAUCAGGAUGUUUAGUUGAAGCAUUUGCCGAGUACCGGGCUAGAAUCGUUAGUGAAGUUAAAGCCAUCAUUAGACACGGAUUGCCAACAGAGAACAAUCCGUUAUUUAAUAACAGAUCCCAGUUUGCCAUGGAAGCUUCGGCCUCAUCCAAUAACUCUGAGGCUGAUAUUUCGCUUUCACAAGAAACCAAACAAAGUGUAAGAGGGUCAGAUGUCCAGAGAGGAACCUUGUCGGAAAAUAUCAAGACGUUAAGCAAUUCAGCCUUUAGUCGGAUGAUCAAAGCCAUAUAUUCGCAUUUAUCAGAAUGCCUAAGGCGCUUGACAAUUCAUCAAAAACUCUUGUUGGACUUGUCUUUGACAUCCCUUCCCAUCAACAAAUCUGAAGAUGUUGACGUGAUGUCUUUAGAUAUCACUGAUUCCAUAAAUAAAGCCAUUGAAAUCACACAAGUGAGAUUGGUUAAAGUUUUGAAUGUGAGACUGGAACAGCUUGGAGAUUUACCUAUUGAUGAGUAUUUGUCAUUGUUUCUGAUAUCCUCGACUUAUCUCCUGGAAUGUGAAUCUAUUAAUCCCGGUUUUAAUAUGUCCGAACUUGGUCGAUCAUUAAACGAGUGGAUCAAAAAUCACGUGGGCUAUUUCAUUCACCGUUUUCAUUCCAAUUCUGUCAAGCAAUUAGCAAGUAUCUGUGAUAAAGAAACAUGGAAAGAAUUUACAGGUCCCGAGCUUGUCAACUCCCAAGAAGUUGUAGACAAGGUUAUAUCAUAUUCAGAGUUUGUGAGAACAGGUGAAGGCUUCGACGGAACUGAAUGGACCAAAAAGAUGCUAGAUAUAUAUGAAGAUGAAACUUCAUCGGGGUCUUCACUGUCGAAAAAACCCACUCUGCAAAGCUCUAUUACAAAAAUUAGGGUGAAAGAGAACUCAUAUUAUGUUCCUCAACUCAUCACCAACGUUGUUGAAACUACUGGUGAUUACGUCAUACUUUCCAAAAUGUUUGGUCCCAAGGCCUCAAGUAUAAUGCAAAACUUGCUUAAUUACUUAAAGGUUUUAAAUUCGAGAGUGUCAUUGGCUAUCUUAAAUGCGGGUGCAACGAGAACAGCUGGUCUCAAACAUAUAACGACAAAGCAUCUUGCCUUGUGUAUCCAAACUGUUGACUUUUUAAGAGUUUAUUCGGAGGCUAUCGACGAAAUCUUCAAGCUCAUUGCAGAGAAACAAGAAAAAAUUCAAGAUGGACUGGACCAAUCCACAUUUGCUACUUCGAUAAAACACUUUGAAGAUCAUAAGAAUGAGUUGGUCAACAAGUUGGUCUCCAUAAUGCACGAUCGUACGUUGUCGCAUUGUAACGCUAUAAAAUCAUUAGAUCUUUCAAAAUCAGGAGACCGUUCACAACAAUGCCGGCCCUACAUGGAAACUUUGGUAAAAGAGACCUUGACUGUAUCGAAAGUCAUUGGAAAGUACUUGAGUCUGGUUGACUGUCAACUAAUCAUGCUGCAGAUUUUUGACAAUUACAAGAAAAUACUUGUAAACUGUUUUUGCGCAGAAUUACCACAGCUUAAAGAUUUUAACGAAAAGCACUCAAUACUCAAAGAUGUUGAUUUCUUUAGGGUCAAGCUUGGAGAAAUUCAAGGAUACGGAAAUUCAGGGCAGGUGAUAUGGGAGAACGUAAACUCUCUACCAACAAUUGAAGAUACUAAAAUGGAGGAAAAAAUGAGACAAAAUGCAGAAACAAGUCCCAAACCUGAAGUUGAAAGAAUAAAUGAUGAAAGUGCGGAUUCAGGCGCCAAAAAUUCUAACGGCUCGGAAAGCGACACAAAGCUCAAUCACGAGCCGCUCAGUAUUGAAACAGAGGUUCUGGCGGAUAAUGCAUCUCCAGACGAAAGAAAAGAUAACACGAAUGGCUAA